UUGUUGACAGGAAGUGUGUGAGGAGGAAUCCCCAACCUAAGAGGCUGAGUGCCUGUAGUUUUAGUCUGACGCUGAGUGGUUUUCCUGUUUGGAUACACCUCGGAGGUAAUGAGGACUCGGGUUAUGUGCUUUAUGAUCGACCCAAGGCAAAGAUGCAAUGGAGGUCACUCGUAGUGGGCUUGGUGGUCCUGAGACUCUCUGUAAGCUGGGUUCUAUGGCUAGCCUUCGGGCUUGGACCUAACGUUAGCUCAGGCUUCAACUUUCACCUCGGUUUUAAUUUGCACAAACUGGACUUGCUGUUCAGGGAGGAAAAAACAGCCGACUCGAGCACUAAUUCUUGGUCCCAGCGGAUCCAGGGCCACAGGUAUGAAGAGACGGCGAGUCCCUGCGCAAAUAUUGGGGAGGCUUCCCCACCCUGGAGGUCCUACCUUAACUUCUUUGAUGGCAACAAGGACGAGUACGUCCGGAGGUACAGCUCCUUCCCAGACACGCUGAAGCUGAAAAUGAAAGACAUGGCCAGAGAAAUGUUUUACUUUGGAUACGACAACUACAUGAAGUAUGCCUUUCCAGAGGACGAGCUGAAUCCCAUUGAUUGUGAGGGUAGAGGUCCAGAUGUGCUUAACCCGUCAAACAUCAAUAUUAAUGACGUCUUGGGAAACUAUUCACUGACACUCAUUGACACUUUAGACACUCUUCUGGUGCUUGGCAAUGUUACAGAGUUCCAGAGAGCUGUCAAACUGGUUAUAGAUACCGUGUCUUUUGACAAGGAUUCGACUGUGCAAGUCUUCGAGGCAAACAUCAGGAUCCUUGGCAGCCUUAUCUCAGCACAUAUUCUGCUGACUGACCCUAGACAGCCAUUUGGAGAAGUGGGCUUCGAAGGCUAUGAAAACGAGCUUCUACAUCUGGCUCAUGACCUGGCUGUGCGCUUGCUGCCUGCUUUUGAGAACACCAGCACGGGUAUUCCUUACCCGAGGGUGAACCUGAAGACUGGAGUUCCCAGGGAUAGCAUCAAUGAGACAUGCACUGCAGGCGCUGGGUCCCUGCUGGUGGAGUUUGGCAUUCUGAGCCGCCUGAUUGGGGAUUCAACGUUUGAAUGGGUGGCGAGGCGAGCUGUCAGAGCUCUGUGGAGUCUGAGAAGCAACGAAACUGGUCUGUUGGGGAAUGUUAUUAAUAUCCAAACAGGCCAGUGGGUCAGUAAGCAGAGUGGACUUGGAGCUGGCAUGGACUCCUUUUAUGAGUAUUUGCUUAAAUCCUACAUCCUUUUUGGGGAGAAAGAGGACUACCAGAUGUUUAAAGCUGCUUAUGAGAGCAUUCAGAACCACAUGAGAAGAGGGCGGGAGUCUUGCAACGAAGGUGAGGGGGACCCACCUCUCUAUGUGAAUGUGAACAUGUUCAGCGGUGAGAUAAUGAACACUUGGAUCGAUUCUCUUCAGGCCUUUUUUCCUGGGCUUCAGGUUCUGAAUGGAGAUAUCGAUGAUGCCAUUUGCGUGCAUGCCUUCUACUACGCCAUCUGGAAGCGUUUCGGAGCUCUGCCGGAGAGAUAUAACUGGCAACUGAAGGCUCCCGAUGUGUUAUUUUACCCUUUAAGACCAGAGCUGGUGGAGUCGACCUACCUGCUGUACCAGGCAACAAAAAAUCCUUUCUAUUUGCAUGUUGGAAUGGAUAUUCUACAGAGCCUUGAGAAAAAUUCCAAAGUCAGAUGUGGAUAUGCUACACUCCAUCAUGUUGUGGAUAAAUCCAAAGAAGAUCGCAUGGAGAGCUUUUUCCUCAGUGAAACCUGCAAAUAUCUUUAUCUUCUGUUCGACGAAGACAACCCACUGCACAAAUCUGACAACAAGUACAUCUUCACAACAGAGGGUCAUGUAGUGCCUAUAGACAAGCGCUUCAGGGAGAAACAGUGGAGCGAUUUGUGUCCAUGUGAAGAGGCUGCGAACAACCAGUUGCCUACAAGCAACAUCAGUAAUUGUAACAGGAUUCCUGAGGAGCGCCGCUAUGCUCUGCCAUUAAAGAGUGUCUACAUGAGGCAGAUUGAUCAUAUGGUGGGACUUUUUUGAGAACAAAGGACAGAUGUGGUGACAUUGCAUCUAAGAGACUACAGAAGACAGCGUCCUCUGGUCAGAGUCUUCGUCCUCGCCUGUUUCUCAGCUCUGGAACCAGCCAGGAAACA